UUGUGUACUAAGAUUUUUAUGUAUCCUAUAAUUGUAUAGGCGUCAUGUAUCCGACUGCACAGUCACGUGGACACAAUAUGUCAAGACCAAUACCUUCACCUGAAUAAGCCUCUCCCACAGAUGCACUGCACUACGUUGACUGGCCAUUGUUGUGACAUUUCAUAUUGAUUGAAUGGCUCACUAUGAUAUGAUCAAUCUGAAAAUCAAUUCUUCGGCGUCUACAAGUAGUUCCAACCUGACCAUCCAUGUGCGAAUGUUAUUCGGAUUGAAAAUGCGUGUUGGCGAUGUAAUUCUUCAGGAAUCUUCAGGUAUUCUGAAUAUCAGCACAGAAGGUGCUUUUACACUGUGAACAGUCAGUCAGCACAGCCAUGGCCUCCGUCGGUGGUCUGUUGCCAAGGGGAAUAGUCCUGGCUGAAGGAUAGAGAGAGAAGUGGAGAGAGAGGGAGAGAAAAGGCAGCCUUGUGGUGCAGAAGAAGAGAUGGUCAUCACUGACAGGAGCUCCAGCACUCCUGGGCCCAAGAAGAAGGAACCGAAGAAGAGGGCAUCCCGCCCUCAUGGCCUGCCCUCCCCGGCGCUGUGCUGCGCGUGUGGCUUGUGCAUCAUGCUGGCAGGCAUCAACAUCACCCUGGUGGGGGCGUUUGCCUUCAGCACCAUGGUGCCCUCUACCAACCCUCCCAUCAUCAUAGGGCCCAUCCUGCUUCUGGUGGCCUUCUCUUUCUUCGGGGCGUGCUGUGUCUGCAGCCGCCUGCCCCCUGCCCAGGGCUCCCGGAGGUCUAAGGUGGGCGGAAGGAGCAUGGGGAUGAUGGGGCGUGGAGGUUUAGCCGGGGGAGUGACGUUUGAGAUUGAGACGAGUGAGCACACAUUGCAGGACACGACAGCAGUACAGCUCAGCCCCUCAGCCUCACCUGGGUCAUCCCGGGCAUCCAGCCCCGAGCGGGAUGCUUCUCCUGACCCUGCACCCCCAGGGACCUUCAAGCUCUUCACCAUGGAGACCAAUGGCCCCACCUCCGCCACGGCAUGCUAUUCCGCCUCCUCGGCAGGGGGAGGGGCUGUGAGGCUCAACCUGCCACGUGAUGAUGUGGCCACCUAACACUACCCUGAUUAACACAUUGUAGCAUGAGCCUCCUGCCCCAAGGGACUGACGCAAAACUAUGUAAAUGUGGGCUGUGACGGUCAUGGAAUUUUGGAUGACGGUAAUUGGCCAGCCAAGUGAGUACGGUCUCAGUAAUAACCAUUCGAAAAGCAAAAAAAUUAAAUAAAUAAUUAUACAUUUCAUGUUGCUAAAAGGUCAGUCAAGUUCUUCCACACCGAUCUUGACAAACCAUUUCUGUAUGGACCUCGCUUUGUGCAUGGGUGCAUUGUCAUGCUGAAACAGGAAAGGGCCUUCCCCAAACUGUUGCCACAAAGUUGGAAGCACAGAAUCGUCUAGAAUGUCAUUGUAUACUGUACCGUUAAGAUUUCCCAUCACUGGAACUAAGGGGUCUAACCAUGAAAAACAGCCCCAGACCUCCUCCUCCACCAAACUUUACAGUUGUCACUAUGCAUAAAGGCAGGUAGCGAAUGCCAAGAGUGUGCAAAGCUGUCAAGGCAAAGGGUGGCUACUUUGAAUAAACUCAAAUUUAAAAUAUAUUGAACACGUUUUUUUUUAGUUACUACAUGAUUCCAUAUGUGUUAUUUAAUAGUUUUGAUGUCUUCACUAUUAUUCUACAAUGUAGAAUAAUUGUGUCGGUGUAAGUUUGGACACACUUUUUUUCCCUUUUUUUAGAACUAUUUUCUACAUUUUAGAAUAAUAGUGAAGACAUCAAAAGUAUGAAAUAACAUAUAAGGAA